AUGUGCUGUCGACCAUCGAGCGUGUAUGUUCGUGCGUGUCUGUGGUUGCCUCGGGUGUCCUCUUCGGCAUUUCGCAAACCGAUCAAUCGCUUGAUCUUCUAUGCCUCGUGGGGCAAUCUCUUGUCAAACUCGGCCACUCUCAUUGCCGAGUCCAGUCUGCAUGGUCGUACCCAAGGCGCGCUGUGCCAGUUCCAGGGGUUCAUGAUUCAGUGGUUCUUGCCAGCCGAUUCCCUGUGGGCACUCGCCAUGGCUUCCAAUGUGUACCUGGCAAUCUUCAAGCAUUACGAUACCAGGCGUCUAGGGAUGCUCGAGUGGAAGUAUCUGCUCUUCUGUUAUGGAGUGCCAUUUAUUCCUGCGUUUGUGUAUCUCUUUCUCAGCUCUGAGUCAAGGGGCAAGGUGUACGGGGAGUCUGUGUUAUGGUGCUGGGUCUCGUUGCGGUGGGAUUUUCUCCAGAUCGCUGUAUUCUAUGGACCAGUCUGGUUCAUUGUCUUGCUCAUUCUCGCCAUCUACAUCCGUGUUGGCGUGACCAUCCGGCGACAACGACGCGAACUGCGAAAGACGGCCUGGCCGGUCUCCGAGUAUGCCACAGACAUCACCGUGUUGGGAGACGUUGACCUCCACAGAACAGCCCGGUCAGUGCCACUUGGUAGCUUGCAGCGGCUCACAAACAGAGAGCGGAGUCCGGCUUCUACUGCUGCUUCAUCCCAUCGAAUUAUUUCUCGCGAGGUCCGGUCUCCUCAAAAUGAUGACGGUCCCCAAAAUGCCCGUCCUAGUAUUGCAGACUCUCUUUCCUCCAAUAUCUCUCCGACCUCGACUACACUCAGUCGCUACAACUACGACCUCGGCCAGUCCGAGACCUCCACUACCCCGGCGUCGGCAGCGUAUUACAAAUAUGCCGUUCUCUUCUUUGCGGCGUUGAUUGUUACAUGGGUCCCUUCCUCCGCCAACCGGGUCUAUGCGCUUGCCGCCUCGAACCACUAUAUCUUCGGCUUGAGCUGCGCCUCAAGCUUUGCUCUACCGCUGCAGGGAUUCUGGAAUAGUCUUAUCUACAUUACUGUGUCUUGGAAGGCCAUUGGGACCUGGUUUCGACAGAGUACAGGUAGAUAUAGGCAUGAGGUACAUACUAGAAACCGCAUCUCUUAUAUUAGUAGUUGA